AGAGGCAAUGCAAGAAAAAUGCUACAAUCAAGAACUGGAGGAUAUUAUCAGAACUGUUCUCUGCAAUUUGGACGAUCUCCAGCCUUUCUUCAGUACCCACUUCAAUGUCUUCCCUUAUAAGAAGAAGUGGGAAGGAGUGUCCAAGGUGAUGUGCAAACACAGAGAGAAAAAGCUGAAAGUCUACCCGUUUAUUCUAAUCCUCUACUUGGAGAAAAUUAACAUUAAACAUGGUAAGCCCACAGAGGACAAUUUAAGCCAAGAAUCAGAGGUGGAACAGCACUCUGGUUCUGUUUUCAAGCCUCCUAGCAAACGCCGUAAGAGCGAUUCACCACUAGAGGAGGCUAUACUCAAAAACUUAAUCAAAGACAUGGAGCCUGAGCACAAGCUGGUUGGGUUGUUUGUGCGUAAUCCACAGGCACAGGGAGAACCAAAGAAGGAUCCAGGAACUAAAGACAAGUUGGAUGAACCUCAGCAGAAGUCUGGCGUCAGCGAAGAGAAUGGAAGUGGAACUCCUUCUGGGGUGAAAGGCGAGGUAGAAGAGGAGAAGCACAAUAAUGAGGGAGAAGAUGAGGAUGUUGGCGAAGCCCCAGACAAACCCAAACUCCUAAGUCAACUGGCCAGACACGUCUUCCCAUUCUCUUUGUUCUUCAGAGACACCUGAGUGGAGCUUUUACUGGUUCCAGUUGAUAAACCUGGACUGGGGUUAGUUUGGUUAAAGUUGUACUUAAAGCUACGUUAUAAUUUAUUGAUGUUAAUUGUAAUUUUCUCUUUAUAUAUUAAUUGUAUUUUUCGUUGACAUUUUUUAUUAUAUCUGUCAUCCUAAAGAGUUUCAGAUAGAUAUUUAAUUGUACUUAAAUUAUUUGCAACAAUUUGUCUUUCACU